AUGAUUUAUAGCAUUCUUUUUAUCACAUUACUGCCAGUACAAAUUUGUACAAGAUCAGUAUUAUUAAAAGUUUUUCAACGUUCUGAUCCAAUGAUAUAUGAUAGAAAUGGUACAAUAGAAAAUAUAGAUAUUUCAUCAUCAGAAGAUUGUGACAUUUAUAGGAAUAAAGAAUUUCAUCUCAUUGUUGAUACUGUUUGUGAAGCUUGUCAUGAAAUGUUUUCGCAAAAUUUUCCUAAUCUUCGUGUUCAAUGCAGAGCGAAUUGUUUUAGAAAUGAAAAUUUUAGCUCAUGCUUAAAAAUAUUCAAGCCUCAAGACACUACUUUUAAAAUUAAAAGAAAUUUCUUCUCUUAA